AUGAGGAAGAUCAGCCUGCAGGUGUACUCCCAGAGACAGAACCUGAAGAAGACCGUCCACCAGAUGAUGUCUGCCAGGAAGAAGUGUUGCCUGGGGAGGAGCCUGACCCGCCACCUUCUCCAGACGAAGGCCGGCGGCCGAGACGUGACCACAGAAAACCAAGGGUAUUUACCUAUGACAGACUCGGUGUCAACAGUGUACCCCGCAGGUGUCAACAGUAUACCCCGCAGGUGUCAACAGUAUACCCCGCAGGUGUCAACAGUAUACCCCGCAGGUGUCAACAGUAUACCCCGCAGGUGUCAACAGUAUACCCCGCAGGUGUCAACAGUGUACCCCGCAGCUGUCAACAGUAUACCCCGCAGGUGUCAACAGUGUACCCCGCAGGUGUCAACAGUGUACCCCGCAGGUGUCAACAGUGUACCCCGCAGGUGCCAACAGUAUACCCCGCAGCUGUCAACAGUAUACCCCGCAGCUGUCAACAGUACACCCCGCAGGUGUCAACAGUGUACCCCGCAGGUGUCAACAGUGUACCCCGCAGGUGUCAACAGUGUACCCCGCAGGUGUCAACAGUAUACCCCGCAGGUGUCAACAGUAUACCCCGCAGGUGUCAACAGUGUACCCCGCAGCUGUCAACAGUAUACCCCGCAGGUGUCAACAGUAUACCCCGCAGGUGUCAACAGUAUACCCCGCAGGUGUCAACAGUGUACCCCGCAGGUGUCAACAGUAUACCCCGCAGGUGUCAACAGUGUACCCCGCAGGUGUCAACAGUGUACCCCGCAGGUGUCAACAGUAUACCCCGCAGGUGUCAACAGUAUACCCCGCAGGUGUCAACAGUGUACCCCGCAGGUGUCAACAGUAUACCCCGCAGGUGUCAACAGUAUACCCCGCAGGUGUCAACAGUAUACCCCGCAGGUGUCAACAGUAUACCCCGCAGGUGUCAACAGUAUACCCCGCAGGUGUCAACAGUGUACCCCGCAGGUGUCAACAGUGUACCCCGCAGGUGUCAACAGUAUACCCCGCAGGUGUCAACAGUAUACCCCGCAGGUGUCAACAGUAUACCCCGCAGGUGUCAACAGUAUACCCCGCAGGUGUCAACAGUAUACCCCGCAGGUGUCAACAGUGUACCCCGCAGGUGUCAACAGUGUACCCCGCAGGGGUCAACAGUACACCCCGCAGGUGUGUACCCCGCAGCUGUCAACAGUAUACCCCGCAGGUGUCAACAGUAUACCCCGCAGGUGUCAACAGUAUACCCCGCAGGUGUCAACAGUGUACCCCGCAGGUGUCAACAGUAUACCCCGCAGGUGUCAACAGUGUACCCCGCAGGUGUCAACAGUGUACCCCGCAGGUGUCAACAGUAUACCCCGCAGGUGUCAACAGUGUACCCCAGUGUCAACAGUGUACCCCGCAGGUGUCAACAGUGUAUACCCCGCAGGUGUCAACAGUAUACCCCGCAGUGUCAACAGUAUACCAGUAUACCCCGCAGGUGUCAACAGUAUACCCCGCAGGUGUCAACAGUAUACCCCGCAGGUGUCAACAGUAUACCCCGCAGUGUGUCAACAGUAUACCCCGCAGGUGUCAACAGUGUACCCCCGCAGGUGUCAACAGUAUACCCCGCAGGUGUCAACAGUAUACCCCGCAGGUGUCAACAGUAUACCCCGCAGUGUCACAGUGUCAACAGUCACAGUUACCCCGCAGGUGUCAACAGUACCCCAGGUGUACACCCCCGCAGGUGCACAGUGUACCCCGCAGGUGUCACAAGCAGUGUACCCCGCAGUGUCAACAGUUCCCCGCAGGUGUCAACAGUGUACCCCGCAGGUGUCAACAGUAUACCCCGCAGGUGUCAACAGUAUACCCCGCAGGUGUCAACAGUGUACCCCGCAGCUGUCAACAGUGUACCCCGCAGCUGUCAACAGUGUACCCCGCAGCUGUCAACAGUGUACCCCGCAGCUGUCAACAGUGUACCCCGCAGGUGUCAACAGUGUACCCCGCAGGUGUCAACAGUGUACCCCGCAGCUGUCAACAGUGUACCCCGCAGCUGUCAACAGUGUACCCCGCAGCUGUCAACAGUGUACCCCGCAGCUGUCAACAGUGUACCCCACAGGUGUCAACAGUGUACCCCGCAGGUGCCGUCCCGUCUGGGCACGAGGGCUCCCCCGGUCCUCACUUACGAGAGAGAGCAAACGGGCCGGAGCGGUCUGA